AUGCGUCGCCUUCCCAUUCUCUUUAUAUUAUAUGCUUUAUUAAUUCGAAAUUCAAAAGAAGGUGGCCUUGGCGUAAAUGGUGAAGGUGAUGCUCUAACUUCUCUCCCUACUUCAGGUGGUACUGAAGGUGAUACAUCUGGGAAAAAAGCAGAUGGAUCACUUAGCCCUGGUCCAGGUCCUACAGAACCAGGUGGUCCGGCACCAGUUGGUCCUUUGCCAGGUAGUCCUCAAGUAGAGGAGCCUAAACUUAGUACUCCAUCAGUAGAAGGCUCUCAAUUAGAGAGCUCUUCACUAACUAAAGAUGGACCAAAGGCUGUUGGAGAGGAUGGCACUUUAAUUAGUGGAACUGAACAAGAAGGAUCUGAGACUGAUAGAACUAAACAAGAAAAAUCUGGAUCUGAUAAUAAUAAACAGGGUGGAUCUCCACCUGGUAAACCUCCCGGAGAAACCAUUACACAAGAUCCUUCUCAACAAAAAAUCGUUGAUCAAAAUGGCCCUGUAAAAGAAGAACCUGGACCAAAGGGUCCCGUACUCCCCCCCUCUUCACCAGGUGAAUCACCAGAAACUAAAUCUGAAUUAAAAACUCCUGAACUAGGUACCAUUGGAUCAGGUGGAUUAUCGCCAGAACCAGGUAAAUCAAACCAAUCAGAUACUUCUAUACCAACUGGUUCUCAAUCUAUUACCGCUGAUCAAAUAACCAAUACAAAAGGGGAAACUGGAUCACCAGAUUCCGUACAAUCAAUCCCUGAAUCAAGUGGCUCAUCAAUAACUGACCCUAAAAUAACAAAAUCUGAACCAGGUGUCUCUGGACCAGAUGGAAAUCUACCAGAAUCAGUUAAAUUAGAUACUCCUACAUUAAAUGGUUCUCAGCCUAGCACGGAUGAUCAAAAGGUCCAAGCAAAAGGAGAAAAUGAAUUACCGAAUCCCGUACAAUCAAGCUCUGAAUUAGGUGACCCAUCAAAACCUGGCCCUAAAAUAACAAAUCCUGGAUCAGGCGCCACUGGACCAGAUGGAACCCCAUCAGUACCAACUAAACAAGGUGCUUCUGCACCAACUGGUCCUGUACCGGGAAACUCUGAUCAAGGUAAUGUUGUAUCAGAACCCAAGGAAUCCGGUGAUACAGAAGGCAAAGGAAAUAAGGGAAGUAACAAUCCUGAUGAUCCCAAUUCAAAAGGCAAACAAAGUGAUAAUGCACCUGGAUCAGACAAUACAUUACAAACUAAAAAACCUGGAACGGAUGAUGCUUCAUUAGAAAAUGCCAAAAAAUUAUCUCAAGACACAGACAACCCCCCAAAAGUAGUUGAAGGUACAGAACACGUGGAAAAGCCAACCAUAUCUGAUUCUGAUCCAUCAGCUAUUAAAACAGAAGUAACUAAGGGUCCACAAGCACCUGAAAUUCAAUUACCUAGUUCAGAAAAAAGUAAUACACAUACAUCUGAUCCUAAUUCUGAUAUACAUAGUCAAACUUUAUCCCCUCCUGUUAAUAAUCCAAUUUCGACAGAUCAAGACGCUGUAAAUACCCUUGAAAGCUUACAAAGUGAUAGUCCAUCCGCAGAAUCAGUACCAAGUAUUAUUGAAUCAAUACCAUUUCAAGAUUUUGAUAUAAAAUCUGCCAUGUUAAAGAAUUAUAAAGGAUUAAAAAUUACAGGUCAAUGUAAUUCAAGCUUUUUUAUGUUUUUCGUACCCUAUGUAUAUAUUGAUGUUGAUACAAAAAUAAAUCAAAUUUCUAUAUUUUCUACGAAAAAAAAAGUUAAUGGCACAACUAAUGAUGUUCCAACUCAAUUAAUAGAAUUCAAAUCUGAAGAUGAUACUUUACAAAAUCAAUGUGCAGACAAUAAAACUUUCAAAAUUGUAAUUUAUCUUGAUAAUGGUGUACUACAUGUUAAAUGGAAGGUAUAUGAUCCAUCUUCAGAAACCGAACCAAAUACAAAUGUUGAUGUAAGAAAAUACCGAUUAAAAAAUAUAGAAACUCCAAUAACAUCUAUUCAAGUACAUAAUGUUAAAAGAACCUUAAAAAAUAUUACCAUUGAAAGUAAAAAUUAUACGAUAAAUGAUGAUUUACCAGAAAAAUGUGAGGCAAUAGCUAGCGACUGUUUCUUACAUGGAAAUGUAGACACUGAAAAAUGUUACAAAUGUGCAUUGUUAUAUCGAGAUACCCCAAUAACAGAUAAAUGUUAUGAUUAUUUACCCGAUGAUUAUAAGGAAUCAUUAAAAACUGACAGAUUAGUUACUGCUCAAAGUGAAGAUGAAAUUAAUUAUGAACUUAUGGGACAUAUCGAUAAUGUAUUAGAAGGUAUAUAUAAUAUAGAUGAAGAUAAUAAUAAUAAUAAUAAAGAAUUAAAAAAAUUUGAAGAGUUAGAUGAUGAAAUAAAAAAAGAUAUGUUAUUAUAUUGUAAAGAAUUAAAAGAAUCAGAUGUAAGUGGAACAUUAGAAGAAUAUGCUUUAGGUGAUGUUGAAGAUAUAUUUUAUAAUUUAAUACAAUUGAUAAAUAAUAAUACGGGAGUAGUUAUUUCAAAAUUAAAAAAUAAAUUAAUGAAUCCAGCUAUUUGUUUAAAAGAUGUAAAUCAAUGGGGAGAGAAAAAAAAAGGAUUAGUAUUACCUGAAUUGAGUUCAAACAAUUUUGACAAUUUAAAUGACAAAAAUGAUGAUACUACAAUAAAUUCUAAACUUGAUGAAAAAUUAGAGGAAGAAGGUUUUGAUGGAGUUAUAGAUUUACCUUUACCACAUGAAAAUGAAUUUGAAGGAUAUACUACAAUAGCAGAUUUUCAAUAUUGCAAUAAUGAAUAUUGUGACAGAUUAAAAGAUAAUAAUAGUUGUAUAUCUAAAAUAGAUGUAGAAGAACAAGGAAAUUGUGCUACAUCUUGGUUAUUUGCAUCUAAAUUCCAUUUAGAUACUAUUGGUUGUAUGAAAGGACAUGAAAAUUUUAGUGCAUCUGCUUUAUAUGUAGCUAAUUGCUCUAAAAAAGAUUCUAAAGAUAAAUGUUUAACUGGUUCAAACCCAUUAGAAUUCCUUAAUAUAAUUGAUGAAAACAAAUUUUUACCAACUACAUCUAAUUUACCAUAUUCGUAUAAAAAAGUUGGAGAAGAAUGUCCCAAAGCUAUGGAUAAUUGGACUAACUUAUGGAAAGAUGUAAAAUUAUUAAAACAUGAAAAUAAUGAUAAAUCAUUAAAUGCUAAUGGUUAUAUAUCAUAUCAAAGUAAAGAUUUUAAAGAUAAUUUUAGUGAAUAUAUUAAUUUAAUAAAACAAGAAAUUCAAAAUAAAGGUUCUAUUAUAGCUUAUAUUAACUCAAAAGAUAUAAUUUCUUACGAUUUUAAUGGAAGUAAAAUACAUAAAUUAUGUGGAUCUGAUACUCCAGAUAUGGCAGUAAAUAUAAUUGGAUAUGGAAAAUAUAUUAAUGAAAAUAAUCAAGUCAAAUCAUAUUGGCUAGUUAGAAAUAGCUGGGGUAAACACUGGGCAGAUGAAGGAAACUUUAAAGUUGAUAUAGAAACACCAGAAAAUUGUGAACAUAAUUUUAUUCAUACAUUUGCUACAUUUAAUAUUUAUAUUCCUUUUGUUAAAAAAAAUAUUCCAAGUGAAUCAGAAAUUAAUCUUUAUUAUUCAAAAAAUUCUCCUGAUUUUUACAAUAAUUUGUACUUCAAAAAUUUAGAUGCAACCGACACAAAUAAAGAUUCUAUCAUUGAAGGACAAAAUGAGCCUGCCAAAGUUGCUGAUUCAGAAGAAACAAAUCAACUAACUGGAGAUGGUCAACUGAAAUCACAACAAGGAGGCGAAACCAAAGAAUUAUCAGGAUCAGAUGGAGAAAAAAAAGAAAAUGAAGGCGUUGAAUCAGAAACAUUACCAACAGAUUCAGAAGGAGAAACUCAAAAAUUAAAGCAAGAACAACAGCAACAGCAACAACAACAGCAGCAACAACUACAUUCACAACCACAACCGGAACCACAACCUGAACCACAACCAGCCCCACAAGUAAAAGUGGAAGGACAAGAACAAGUGCAGGAACAAGUACAAGAACAACGCGCAGAUAGUAAACAAGUAGAUGGUGCAGAAAUUACAAAAAAUGUAACUGGACAAGAAGAAAAAAAAGAAAUUGGCACUGAAAAUUCAUCUAGCAAAGGAAAAGAACAACAACCAGCUGCUAAGGCUUCUGAAGGACAGCAACCGGUUAAUGUUCCUGAACAACAAGCUGGUCGAGCACAAGCAGCAGAUUCCAUAACCAAAUUACAAGCUGUAAAAAUAGAAUUUAUGCAUAUAUUAAAACAAAUAAAAAAUGGUAGAGUACAAAUGAAUUUAGUUAAAUAUGGAGAUGAAUUAAAUAUGAUUGAUGAUCGUAUGUGUUCAAGAGUUCAUGCUAUCAAUUAUGAUAAAAAAGAUGAAUGUGAAAAAUUUUGUAUUACGAAAUGGAGUGAAUGUCAAACUGCAACAUCACCAGGAUAUUGCUUAUCUAAAUUGUAUGAAUCAAACGAUUGCUACUUUUGUUAUGUGUAA